GCUUUAGCCCAGUAUGAUCGAGGUCCGUAUCCUCCGAAGAAGCCUGUAGGAGUAUGCAUUCUAAAUGAUGGCAGAACGUACAAGGUAGGAGAGAAUUUUCCCGCCGGUGACGGCUGUAACGGGUGCACCUGCCGCUCCGACUUAAGCGUCGUGUGUACCUUAAUAGAUUGUGGAGGAAAUCCCUCGGACGUGUGUUCUCAACCAAAGGUCGUGGGUCCUUGUAAAGCUUUAAUAAGGCGUUGGUGGUACAACAAAAGAACUGCCAACCGCUGUGAAAGAUUUAACUAUGGCGGGUGUCAGGGAAAUCAAAAUAACUUUGAAUCCAAGAAGGGAUGUGAAAACCGCUGCAAGAGGAGAGCAUGUAAGUUUGAACUUAAACUUGAG